UUCAGCCGAUCACUUCAUUCGUGCGAUUGUUGUCGGUCGAAACGUCAGUUGAGUUCGGUUCGUUCGGUUUAGUUAGUCUAAAACUAUCGAUCGUAUCUCCUUGUUUAUUUAGAGAGCGUGUAACUAAACAGUGAUGUCUGACUUUAUAGUUGGGACGUGUUUAUUUAUGUGCCCUGAGAAAGAGAGAUGGAUGAGAGAAAGAGAAGGCUUACUGCAUGCCUUCGAAGUUGACGAGAAAACAAAACAUCUAAAACGACCAAAAGCAGAUCCUUCAAAGAUUGUGAAAUGCUUCAGUCGACCUGCAGCAGGACAGCUCAUGCCAGAUACAAGCGAACUUCGACCGGCUUCUGUGCUUUUAUCGACUAUAAGAUAUUUGUUCACUAAUGUUGUUACGCGAGUCGAUUAUGACUGGGUAAUGAUUUAUGAUUUUGUAUUUGAUCGACUGAGAGCUAUCAGACAGGAAGUUGUUAUUCAAAGAAUACGAGGACCUCAAAGUGUUCAAAUCCUAGAGCCAAUUAUUCGAUUUCAUGUUUACGCAGGCCAAAGACUAUGUGAAAAAAACAUAUCUCUAUUUGAUACGAAGAUAAAUAGUCAGCACCUUCUAGCGUGUCUUAAACAACUGCUAGUACUUUAUGAUGAACUUGAAGAACAAUCCUCGAUGUGUAAUCCUAAUUUUGAAGAAAAUAUCGAAAGACUUUCAAUAGGUAAUAACCGAUCUCAAAUGGAAGCUUUGUAUGUACUGUUACAUCUCGGUGAUUCCUCGGCUCUAGGAAGAGGCAUAUCGCUUCCAGAUAAGUACAGGGGCAAGAACGUAAAGCUGGCCAUGAAGAUAUCUCUUGCGUGGUUUUUGAAAAAUUAUGUCCGAACCUUAAGACUGAUACAAAAACUUCCACUUUUGUUAAAAUUCGGUGUUCUAAGUAAUUUGCGGCUUUUGAGAAGGGACACGUUUCAAAUAAUGAGCGCAGCAUAUAACAGUAAGCUCUUAACGUUUCCUGGUCUAAAAUUACAAGAAAUAUUGAUGUAUAGAGAUGUUGAGAAACUUUCAGCAGAUUGUAAACUAUUCAACUUGUCGUUUGCAUAUGAAAACGUGCAAUUUGAUGCAAGAAAAUUUAACAAGGGAAUGUUAUUGGCGAACCCAGAUAUGUAUUUUACUGUUCAAACACUUCAAAAAUAUCUACCUAUAAUUCUAUUACAAGAUGAUGAUGCAAUAAACGACGACAGUUCCUCGUGAUUAAAAGAUGAUUAUCAACGCAUUCGUUAUAUCAUCCGGUAAUACAACGUCUGCAAAAACUUCAUUGUUUAGUAGAAAUAUGGAACCUACUCCAGUUAGCGGUAUACUACGAAUGAUUCAUCACUGCACGUCCGAGGUUAAAAGUGUACAGAAAAUGCUAAUUCUGAAUAUUAUACAAGGUAACAACCACGCCCUAUCAUUAAAAACCUAUUACAACCAUAAAUGGCUUAUAUAAUCAUCCGAUCCAAAAAAAUAUCUACGGCAAAUGUUAUACGGGCGUAAAAACGUGACUAAUAUACAUAUAUGCAUUCUGUUAUAUACGUAUACGUACGUUAUAUAUAGAUAGAAUAGAAAAAAAUUAGGUAAAAUAAUAAGUCUUUUGUAAAUACUUCAGCCCGAAAUCUGUAUUUCAUUUGUAAUGUACGAGGACGUGUUAUGUAACAACGGAACAUUUCAAUUACGUUAAAUAUGUUACAAUAUGGUAAAGAAUUAAUAUUGCUUACCCUCCUUUGCGAUGGCAAAUUCUUAGUUACAGCCUAGUAACAGGACUUAAAGGCUCUUUCACGGAGAUUGAAUGAGAGAUUGCCGUUUUUUUUAACUAUUUAAUCACAACUUUCGGCGUCACGGCCGGUCGGGCUUCCUCCUCU